CUGACUGCAAGUUCGGUUGUGUGAGAGGGAAAGAGAAGAUGCCUCUCAAAAACAUCCCAAAAUGUUUGUCACCAAACCUCCUGCAUGCCCUGGCAUCCAUGGGACAUGGGGAUGAAAUUGUAUUAGCUGAUGCCCAUUUUCCAUCGUCUUCCAUAUGUAGAGAUGGUCCAAUUGAAGUCAGAGCGGAUGGACUAGAUAUACCUACCCUUUUGGAUGGAAUUCUACAGUUGCUUCCCCUAGACACAUAUGUUGACUCCCCAGUAGCAUUAAUGGACCCAGUCCAGAGUGAUAAAGACAGCCACAUCCAAAUUCCUGUUUGGGACAAGUACAAGGAGAUUAUCAAACAGAGGGAGGGACCCAGUGUGGAAAUCGAGUAUGUUGAAAGAUUUGCAUUUUAUAGGAGAGCAAAGACAGCCUAUGCCAUUGUUCACACAGGAGAGAUGGCAAAGUAUGGGAACAUCAUUUUGAAGAAAGGUCUAGCUCUUUGAACUCCAGCUCCCGAAUUCUCUUCAUUAAUUACACCAUUGGAAAUCCUCUUGUCAUGAACACUUGUGAUCAUCUAGGCAUUUCAUUUAAUUAUUACAUGUACAAACAAAUAUAUAAAUUAAUAUAAAUUAA